AUGUUCGAUCGCUACGAAGUGGCUUGUUGCGUUGCGUCCAUUCCAGUUAAAAGAAUCUGUCUCUUGUUUUGUGGUUGUCUGACGUGUUACAAGAUAUUGCGAGAUUUGCGAGUUAUGCGUAAUAAUCGCGUGCAGAAUUGUACGUCGCAAAGAUUGAAGAAUUGAAAAUAAACUUUGUAUCUAAAUCAAUUUUCGACGAACGUAUUGCUUCGAAUAUGGUUUACGUAACGGAUGAGGGGAACGUGGUAAAAUCCAUUCCAUGGGGACUGAAAAGAAUUUUUGGGUUCUUUACGGGAAUAAUUUAUAUGAUCAUCAUGUUUUUCCAGACAUUGUUCAGUCCUGGCAUGAAUGGAUCAGGAAGUCAAUAUUCAAAGGAUUAUCGUCCAGGUUCUGGACCACGUCCUCCAACACGUAGACUCGGUAGACCAAAUACAGGAAACAAUGUUGACAUUCCAUUUUUUGGAGGUUGUAGCAGUUGUGCGAGAUGAAAAAAUUAAAACAAAAAAUAUUUUAUAUAUUUAUGUCAAAUAUAUGUUAAUAUAAGUUAAUAUGAUAUUGUCGAUUGUUUAUCCAUUUUAAUAUAAGAAAAACUAAAAAUUACUAGUAUUAGUCAUAAUAAAUAUCGUUGAGAGAUAGAUAUGUAACUAUAUAUUUGUACAAACGUCUAAUAUUUUUUGUUAUGAAAAAAUGUGUUAAUAUAUUUAAUUUGUCUAAAA